CUGCUCGCGAGCACCAUGGGAUGCCUCCAGAGCAUCGCAUGCAAGCCGCGCAUCCGGCGGGAGAACAUCGUUGUGUACGAGGUCUCCGCCUCCAUCGACCAGUGUGCCACCGUCAUCGAGGAGAACUCGCCCAUCGUGCUCCGCUACAAGACGCCGUACUUCCGGGCCUCCGCGGGGAUCGUCAUGCCCCCGGUGCCCCGCAACGAGACCUGGGUGGUGGGCUGGAUCCAGGCCUGCACCCAGAUGGAGUUCUACAACACCUACGGGGACAUUGGCAUGUCCAGCUGGGAGCUCCCUGAGCUGCGUGAGGGCCGGGUGAAGGCCAUCAGCGACUCGGACGGCGGCAGCUACCCGUGGUACGGCAACACCACGGAGACGGUGACGCUGACCGGCCCCACCUCCAAGGCCUCGCGCCUCACCGUCUGCAUGAACGACAACUUCUACCCCAGCGUCACUUGGGCCGUGCCCAUCAGCAACAGCAACACGCCCAUGCUGACCCACAUCACCCGCGACCAGAGCUUCAUCACCUGGCUGGUCGCCAUGAACUCCGUCACCAAGGAGAGGAUCGUGCUGCAGACGGUCCGCUGGCGCAUGCGGGUGGACAUCGCCGUGGACCCCGACCGGCCGCUGGGCUCACGGGCCUCCCUGGUGGGGCGGGCCCACCACGAGCAGCCCCACAUCCUCAACUACCAGGAGCCCAUCCCCCCCAACGCGCUGGGCCGGCCCAACGCCAACGACGCCCAGGUGCUCAUGUGGAGGCCCCGGCGAGGGCCCCCCCUCGUGGUCAUCCCGCCAAAAUAA